AUGUCAUCUCACGGUCAGAAGCGCCAGCACCACAAGGACAAAGGAGAACCUAAGGCCCAAAGGGAGGCACCGAGCCUCAAUGGUGUGCAGGUUCUCAGGCCUGAGGAGGAGGGGGCCUCCUCUGCCUGCAUCUCCUCCAGGUCCACACCUACCCUUAGCAAGGUGCCUUGUCCUGAGCCACUGAUUUGUGCACAGGUGCCUGAGAGAUCUUCCGCUCUCUCUGUUGCCACGGCGCCCACUCCAGGCAUCCCGUUCAUCCACCUCUCCAGCAGCCAAGAAGCAGAAGGUCCAUUCUCCUGGAAGAACCUGAAAGACCGUAAGUCCUUGUUGGGAGACCCACUGGAUGAGAAGAUGGCUGACCUGGUGCAGUUCCUGCUUCUCAAGUAUCGAAUGAAGGAGCUGACCACCAAGGCCGAAAUGCUGAGUAGCGUCAUCAAAAAUAACCAGGAUGACUUCCCUGUGGUCUUCAGUGUGGCCUCUGAGUGCAUGCACCUGGUCUUUGGUAUUCAUGUUGAGGAGGUGGACCCCUCCAACCACUCCUAUGCUGUUGUUAAUGCUUUGGGCCUCACCUAUGAUGGGAUGCAGGGCGAUGACCAGAGCAUGCCCAAGACGGGCCUUCUGGUAAUCAUCCUGUGCAUCAUCUUCAUGGUGGGGGACCGUGCCUGUGAGCAAGAUGUCUGGGAAAUGCUGAGUGUGAUGGGGGUGUAUCCUGAGAGGGAACACUUCAUCUACGGGGAGCCUAGAAAGCUCAUCACUGAAGAUUUGGUGCAGGAACAGUACUUGGAGUAUCGCCAGGUACCUGGUAGUGAUCCUGCUUUCUAUGAGUUCCUUUGGGGUCCAAGGGCACGUGCUGAAACCAGCAAGAUGAAAGUCCUGGAGUACUGGGCCCAGGUCCAUGGGAGUGAGCCUAGGUCCUACCCUUUCCUGUAUGAAAAGGCUUUGAAAGAUGAGGCAGAGUGUGCCAAAGUAUCAAAUGUAGCCAGGGCCACUAGAGUGCCCAGGGGACGGCCCAGGACCAGGAAACAUGGCAGGGCCGCAUCCCGAAGCUUCCACACCCCCAUGUGA